AUGUCGGAGAAAGUGCUCAGACGAACAACGUUCAGCGGCAGAUUGCUGCGUUUUGGGGAGGAAACCGAAAUCGAUCAGAAUAUGGCAAUUGGAAAGGUAGUAUUUGUUAAAUUCUUGCAUUGUGAGAAUAAAGAGCGUUCAGGGUAUCAUCUACAUGACACUGGAUAUCGUUAUCGUCCUUGCCGUCUGUUGUUCUCUGUUUCUUUGGUUUUCCGGGUAAACCAGUCAGCAAAAUUUGAUCAAAAGUCAAUUUGAUGAUUUCAGAUCGGGAAUAAAUCCGUACGAACGAGCAAUGCCCUGUGGAGACACUUCUAUUCAACAGCCAUUCAAAGAGAACACAGUGGGAUUGAAAGUAACGAAUUUCCCGCAAUUUCCCGAAAUGAGCAUAACUCAUCAUUCUUCCAGCAUCUUCUCGUCAUUUCACUCGGCUCUCCAUUUUUCAUCGUUGCUCUUGUUGAGGCAAUCCUUCACUACAAAUCCAAGGUAUUUUUGGUCAAAACCGUUCUUCUUAAGUGAUCAACCGCAUCUUUUCAGGGUUCGAACCGUCUUUCCAAGUUUUUCUCGGCCACGACAAUCACAUAUCUCAAGUACCUCGUCAUUUACGCGGCAUGCACCUUUGCCAUGGAAUUCCUCAAGUGCUAGUGAGUCAUUUACUCGUGGAACUUUAAGAAACCUCAACUUUUUGCAGUGUUGGCCGUCUCCGUCCGCAUUUCUUCAGCGUUUGCAAGCCUGACUGGUCCAAAGUGGAUUGCACAGAUAAACAGAGCUUCAUAGACCGUUUGUUUUUCCUUUCCUAUUGGAAAAACGGAUUGUUUCAUUUUCAGCGGCCGAUCUUGUGUGCACCAACCCGAAUUCUCGAAAGAUCCGCACCGCCCGCACAUCUUUUCCAUCCGGACACACCGCUGCCGCCUUCCACGUUUUCCUUUUCGUCUUCAUCUACUUGAGAAGGUGAAAUGACAUCACCCCAAACCUAAUUCGUUUUGUUUUUCGUGUUUAGAAUGGCAACAAACACCGGGAUCAAGGAGAUCAUCACAGUUCGGAACAUUCUCGUGCCGAUCUAUGCUGUGUGGACUGUGUUCACCGCCGUGACCAGAGUCACCGAUAAUUGGCAUUUCCCCACUGAUGUCCUCGGUAAUUUGAAUUACUUUGGGAGCAGGAUUUGACAUUUUUAAAUUUUUUUCAGGUGGAGUCAUCCUGGCGAUUAUCUUCAUUGUUCCAGCGUUCCGCCGUUCGUGGUCCACUGCGGAUAUCAUUUACGGAACUCGCAAACUGCAACCAUCUGAGGAUUAUAGAAAAAAUGAAUAA